GGUCAGCAGCGCUCUCGGACAAUAAACUCCGCAAGUUCACGGACAACAUGACGGUCACGGUGGCGCUCGUGCUGGCCGUGGUCCUCCUGGUGGUCACUCCCGGGCAGGCGAAACAUUUGAUCGAAAGCCAGGAACGGUCGCUGUUCGAUGCGGCCGUAGUGAACGAUCAGCCCGUCGUGGGCAUUCUGUCGCAGGAGCUGUCGUACCUGAUGACCCAGAACUAUGGUGACGAGGGGUACGAUAGCUACAUCGCGGCUUCGUACGUGAAGUUUGUCGAAGGUGCCGGAGCGCGUGUUGUUCCUAUCUGGAUCAAUCAGCCAGCGGAAUACUACGAGCAGAUUAUGGCCAACCUGAACGGAGUGCUGUUCCCGGGUGGAGCGACAUGGUUCAACCAGAGCAACGGUUACGCCGAUGCGGGCCGCCACAUCUACGACAUUGCGAUGCGAUACAACGAACAUGGCGACUACUUCCCGGUGUGGGGCACCUGUCUGGGAUUCGAGCUGCUCACCUACCUGGCCGCCAACGGCUCGGAACAUCGGGCGCACUGCAGCUCCAACAGCCAAGCGUUGCCGCUGAACUUUAAGGACGAUUUUCGCACCAGCCGUCUCUUUGCCGAUGCACCGAACGAGAUCGUCGACAUCCUGAGCAGCGAACCGGUGACGGCCAAUUUCCAUCAGUACUGCGUGACGGAGGCUAACAUGACCGCGUACGGAUUGGAGGAGGAUUGGCGCGUGAUGUCGGUGGAUAGGGAUUGGAACGGCAUGGAGUUUAUCUCCACCAUCGAGCACAAGAGAUAUCCAUUCUACGGCAUUCAGUUCCACCCGGAAAAGAACAUCUACGAGUGGGUGCAGAAUAAGAACAUUUCCCACACGGCGAACGCAAUCCAGGCGGCACAGUUCUUUGCCGAUUUCUUCAUACACGAGACGCGCAAAAGCGACCACCAGUUCCCGAGCGAGACAACGCUGGAUCAGCACGUGAUCUACAACUACCAGCCGACCUUUACUGGCCUGAAGCGGUCCAGCUUCGAGCAGUGUUACAUGUUCAGUGCAACGGACAAAGUGCUACCAAAAAAAUCGAAGGCCCGUGGUAAGAAAAAACCUACCCUGUAAGGCGGCGUUGUACGUCUCUGAAAAAACAAUCGAUUUCAAAGCGAAGCAAUGGGGGAUACAAUGUUGCAAACAAUGUAUACCCUCAGUUAUCAGCAUUUUUGGAGAUAGGCGAAGACGUUCAGGUGUUCUAGUAGAUUUUGAUGAUACGGAAGUCCUAAUAAAGGGUGAUUGGGUAGUGUUAAACGAGUGGAGUCGGGAUGGCCCUCGGAGGUUAAUAUAAAGAGUCAUACACGUGAUGCAAAGC